AUGGUGAAUUAUUACACCCCUCUCACUCCUCAUCUCCGCAGUCAGCCUGUCUACAUUCAAUAUUCAAAUCACAGAGAGCUGAAGACUGACAAUCUGCCUAAUCAAUCACGCGCUCAGGCUGCCUUGCAAGCUGUGAAUGCCAUCUCUGGGGGUCUGACACUCACAGGUGGUCCUACUGGCGAAGGUUUGAUGUUGUCUGGACAGAGUCCUGUCCUCAGAAUAAUUGUGGAAAAUUUAUUCUACCCAGUCACUCUGGAAGUUCUUCAUCAGAUCUUUUCCAAGUUUGGAACAGUAUUGAAGAUCAUUACAUUUACAAAGAACAACCAGUUUCAGGCCUUGCUUCAGUAUGCUGAUUCAUUGAAUGCGCAACAUGCCAAAGCGGCACUGGAUGGGCAAAAUAUUUAUAAUGCAUGCUGUACUUUACGCAUUGAAUUCUCGAAGCUGACAAGCCUUAAUGUCAAGUACAACAAUGAUAAAAGCAGAGACUUCACUCGCCUUGACUUACCAACUGGAGAUGGUCAACCAUCACUUGAUGCAACCAUGGCAUGGCUGCGGCAUUUGCAGCUCCAGGUAUCAUUUCCUCUCCAUAUGCAGGAGCAGCAGGAUUUGCCCCAACUAUUGGCUUCCCUCAAGCAGGCCUUUCCGUUUCAAGUGUACCUGGGGCUCUUGGCCCUCUUGCUCUUACCACUUCCGCUAUCACUGGUCGUAUGGCAAUUCCAGGGAUGACUGCCAUUCCUGGACAUUCAGUUCUCUUAGUCAGCAAUCUAAAUCCUGAUCUUAUUACACCUCAUGCACUCUUCAUCUUGUUUGGAGUCUAUGGAGAUGUCCACCGUGUAAAAAUUCUGUUUAACAAAAAGGAAAAUGCACUGGUGCAGAUGGCGGAUGCAAACCAAGCACAACUGGCCAUGAGCCAUCUAAAUGGGCAGAGGCUUCAUGGAAGAGUACUACGAAUUACUUUAUCAAAGCAUCAGUCUGUCCAACUUCCUCGCGAAGGACACGAAGACCAAGGCCUUACUAAGGACUACACCAGCAGCCCAUUGCAUCGCUUUAAGAAACCAGGCUCCAAGAACUUCCAAAAUAUCUUCCCUCCCUCUGCAACACUGCACCUGUCUAACAUCCCGCCUUCAGUCUCUGAUGACGACCUUAAGAGAUUAUUUGCAAGCACUGGAUGUUCAGUAAAAGCCUUUAAAUUUUUCCAGAAAGAUCGAAAGAUGGCCCUUAUCCAACUUGGAUCACUGGAAGAAGCUAUACUGGCUCUAAUUGAACUGCACAACCAUGACUUGGGAGACAACCACCAUUUGAGAGUUUCCUUCUCCAAGUCAAUGAUAUAA